CCUAUAAAAUCAGAUUAGCCAGACUAAAAAAGAGCUUCAUUCCUUGAUCCUUCCUUUGCCGGGACUCAAAAAUUUCAGUCGAGACAUAAACUAUAUUCGGAAACCCUAAUUUUUUUCUUCUAUAUAAAUGUAAUUGAACCCUUAUCAUCCCUGAUUUUUUUUGUGAUUAAUACUUUUUAAUUUGUUUGGAGAAAUUCAAAUUCCUUGAGAGAUGGAUAUCGAACAAAAACAAGCGGAGCACAUCGACUACUUUGUGAAACAAGCAUCAGCACUCAAGGGUUCUGCCCUUAACAACGUGAUUAGUGAAGCCACUUCGCAUCCCUCACUUUUCGCUUUCUCUGAGAUUCUUUCUGUUACCAACGUUGUUGAGCUUGAAGGAACUGAAAAUUCAAUAUAUCUUGAUUUGCUUCGUUUGUUUGCUCAUGGAACGUGGAGUGAUUACAAAAGUAUUGCUGGCCGUCUUCCUCAGUUGGUGCCUGAUCAAGUUCUCAAGUUGAAGCAGCUUACUGUGCUUACGCUAGCUGAGACAAGCAAGGAGCUUCCAUAUGAUCAACUUAUGCAGGAGUUGGAUGUCACAAAUGUACGUGAACUUGAAGAUUUUCUCAUAAAUGAGUGCAUGUAUGUGGGCAUAGUUAGAGGAAAGCUUGAUCAGUUGAAAAGAUGCUUCGAGGUACAAUUUGCUGCAGGGAGGGAUCUCAGACCUGGUCAAUUGGGGAAUAUGCUACAAACUUUAACUGACUGGUUGACUACAUCAGACAAUCUUCUUAUCUCAAUUCAAGAGAAAAUCAAAUGGGCAGAUACAAUGAGUGAAUCUGACAGGAAGCACCGGAAGGAAGUUGAGGAAAGGGUUGACGAAGUGAAGAAGUCACUCUCUUUGAAGAAGCUACAAACUGUAAGCAGGCCGAUGUUGACUUCAGAGGGCAUGAGGAGAUCUACUCUGAAUCUGGUGGAGUGAUGGAUUAUGAGGAAGACCGAGGCCGACCGAAGAGGAGACGACACCCCAUUGGUUAAGGUGAUGGAGUAGGGCUAUGUUAGGAUGAAUUAAAGAGGCUGCAUGGCCAGUUUUUUUGUUGAUAGCAUUCCGACCAUAGAUGCUUUGUGCUUUAGCUGACGGUUUCACCUCUUUAAAGUUUAACCUGCCGUGAAUGGAACUUGCAGACUCAAAUAUUGGUAGCCAUAUUUUGUACUGAACUCCAUUAUUUUUCAUCCUGUUUGCCUUUUGAGUUGGUAAGAUCUUCAAAUAUGAUGAUGCGGCUGAAACUUGUGGAGCUGAUUUAUGUGGAGGAUCUUUUUGCUGUAGAUGGAUAACAAUUUCUUGAGAA